AUGACCACCACGGUUUUCCUGAUCCGUCAUGGAGAUCGUUACGACUAUGAGAUCGGGAAGGAAGCGUGGCAGGCUCGCUGCAGCGGUGCUGCGUAUCUGAAGCCAAGUGAUCCACCCCUGUCGGCACUGGGCCACCAGCAGGCUCGUGACCUUGCUGCUCACCUGAAACAAGAGCAAAUUGAAGCCAUCUUGGUUUCGCCAUAUCUGCGUGCUCUUCAAACUGCACAGCCUCUUGCACAAGUAACGGGGUUGCCGCUCUUGGUCGACUUCGCCAUCGCGGAGUCUCAUCAACUCCCUUCCGUACUGCCAAGAGUCCAGAUGCGUCUGCCCUAUUUUCCAGAGAUUGACGAAACGUAUGUGCCGAUGUUUUCGACGGUUGUGACCGAAGGUAGCGAUGGACAGGAGCCUAACAGAGAGCCACGCGUGGAGCACAUGCGGCGGAUGCUAUACGUCGCCAACCAGCUGCAAGAGAGUCCUUUGCUUGCUGGCAGACGGGUUGCCCUCGUGACUCACGCAGCGAGUGUGGCUCUACUCUCUGCCUUGCGCCGAGAACCAUUGGAGAAAGCAGGGAAGCUAGCACCCUGCGGCGUAUGCAGAUUUACUUUAGAGCCAGCUGGCAGGGUAACCGUCGUAGCUCAAGGCGAUGAUGUUUCUGCAUACACCAAGUCAUCUCCAUCAACGAGAGCAUGGGGAUUUUCUGACAGCAAUGAACCUUUGGAUUCUACCGAGGAACUUUGGAAGCAGGCUCUGGAGCUGGGACCUACGGAUAUCACCUCACUGCCGCUGACAGUGCCAGCCGAGGCUGCUGAGACAUGCUCUGAUGUGUACGAGCCAGAGAGCCUCUGA